AUUCAUAUAAAUGGAUUACAUAUCUUUUAUGAUUCCUUUUCAAAUUUUUCUACAUUAUCUUUUUAUUAAUAUGAAUUAAAUACAUAUGUGUACAUAAUAGAAUUUUAUAGGUUCACGAUAUCAGCGAUAAUAAUAAAUGCAAGAAUUUUCUAGAACAUGUUAUGUAAAAAUAUUUGGUAUGCUAUUCAAAGAGGUCCAGAAUCUCGCUUACUACAUCAUGUACCAAAGGCACCUCUACCUGGAGAACCUCCUAAACCAUAUACACUUACUGAAAUUCCUGGACCAAGGUCAGAGGCUCUUCUAAAUGAGUUUUCUAAAAUUCAGCAAGUAGGCUCCAUUCAAUAUUUCGCAGACUAUCAAAGGUCUGUUGGAAAUUAUUUGGCAGAUAUCGAUGGAAAUGUUUUCUUAGAUAUGUUUAUGCAACUCUCAACUCUUCCACUUGGAUAUAAUCAUAGGACUAUUCUUGGUGCACUAUCAUGUGUUGGGAAUCAAAGAAUAAUGGCAAAUAGACCAGCAUUAGGACUGUUUCCUGGCUUAGAAUGGCCAUGUAAACUUCAAGAUACGUUACUUCAGCCAUGUGUAGCUCCAAAAGGAUUACCAUGUGUUUUCACAGCUAUGUGUGGUGCCUGUUCAAAUGAACAUGCUAUACAAAUGGCAUUCAUCAAAUAUGCAGAAAGACGUCGUCGAGGCAAAGAUUUCACAGAUGAAGAAAAGAAAAGUGCACCUUGUAAUAAACCACCUGGUUGUCCUGAAUUAUCUAUCCUUUCUUUUGAAGGAGGAUUUCAUGGUAGAACGUUUGGUGCAUUGGCAUUAACACAUUAUAAAUAUAUGAUGAAAAUUGAUAUACCUUCCCUUCCAUGGCCAAUUGCACCUUUUCCACAAUAUUCAUAUCCAUUAGAUGAGCACGAGAAAGAAAAUAAAGAAGAAGAUGCUAAAUGCUUGGAACAAGUAGAGGAUUUAAUAGAAAGCUAUGAGAAGAAAAUGCCAGUAGCUGGUAUUAUAGUUGAAGCAAUACAGUGUGAAGGAGGAGAUAAACAUGCUUCCCCAGACUUUUUUCAUUGUUUACAAGAUAUUACUAAAAAGAAGAACAUUGCUCUAAUAAUGGAUGAAAUACAAACAGGAGGUGGUGCAACGGGACGAAUAUGGGCUCAUGAGUAUUUUGAAUUGAAUACUCCUCCUGACAUAGUUACAUUCAGCAACAAAAUGCAAGCUAGUGGUUUCUAUCAUUCUUCUGAAUAUAUGCCAGCGCAUCCGUAUAGAAUUUUUAGUGCCUGGAUGGGUGACCCAAGCAAGAUACUAAUAUUAGAGGCUGUAUUGCAAACUAUUGAAGCAGAAGAUCUAUUAACUCACGUUUGCCAAGUUAGUAAUUAUUUACUUUGUCAAUUGAACGCACUACAGCAGGAGUUCCCUCAAUUGAUGUGUGCUGUACGAGGCAGAGGAUUUAUCAUUGCAUUUGAUAUGGUAACCAGGGAUAUGAAGAAUAAAUUAAUGAAUCAAAUACGUUGUAAAGGUAUACAAGUGGGUGAUUGUGGUGAAAAAUCAAUUCGAUUAAGACCAUGCUUGAUAUUUCAAGAAUAUCAUGCAGAUAUCUUUUUAGAACAUCUUCGUGCCUGCUUAAAAGAAUUUGCGGAAAGUUGAUGUAUUUAGAUAUUGCCGCGUUGUAUAUUUAUUAAAUAUAUAUUUUAAUAAAAAAA